CGGAAAUGUUCAGCAACAAAACAAACCACUUGCUCUUGUUAUUUUAAUGACGUUGAUUAAAUUAACGUUUACGUUGGUGAGUGGCAAUGUGUGUUGGUGAGUGGCCAUGUGGUGGUGAGUGGCAAUGUGUGUUAGUGAGUGACAGUAUGUGUUGGUGAGUGGCCAUAUGUGUUGGUGAGUGACAAUGUGUGUUGGUGAGUGGCAAUGUGUGUUAUUCAGAAGCAACGUGUGUUGUUGAGUGGCAAUGUGUGUUGGUUAGUGGCAAUUUUUAAUUUCUAAUUUUCUACCGGUUAGAGGAAAGAGUUCACUUUGAGAAAGGAGUGCAUAGUGAGAAUGAGUGCACAGUGAGAAAUUAAAUAAUAUAUUCAUCUUGAUAUUCAAAACAGCGAGAUAACUUGAGAAUUUUUUUUUUUAAAUGAACAUGUUAAAAGUUGUUUAUAUUUAAAUAUAAAAAGGAUAUUUAAUCUUAUGUCAACAGUGAUGACUAUUUUACAAUGCUUUCUUUGAGUGCCGACAAAACUAAAUUGUUUAAUACACAAACCCACACCUAACAAUCCCUUCUAAAGUUUUAUUUUCUCCAAAUCCUACACAAAGAUUAAUGACAACUUUCUAGCUGUGACUAGCGACAUUUCCUGCAGUCAGGAAUGACAUCCUAGCAUUGCCCUGAGACUUGAUUUUCAUUGACUUGUGACACGACCAGCAAUGACUAGUUACCAAACCGGCAUUGACCUGCAGGAUGACAAACUGUGACAAGUGACAUGUCCAGCAAUGAAUGUGUCCUGUCUAUCAGUGAGUUUUGACGUAACCAGCAGUGACUAGUUACAUGUCCGCAGUGACUUGUGACGUAUCCAGCAGUGACUACUGACAUGUACAGUAGUGAUUUGUGAGUCCAGGAAUGAGUAUUGACAAUUUCUCCAAUACAGUGAGGUAAGGGAAAGUAUUUCUUUCCAACUUAAAAGCAAGGCGUUCGAAUUUGUUUUUACGAAUCUUUCAAGUGGUUGGUGAGAGCGUAAAAACAUCUAUGAAAUUCUAUUCCAUUAAGACCUGUUGCAGCUUGUCAGCACCAGGGAGUCCUUAGACCAUGGUCAGUCGUGAAACACAAUGCUCCAUCAAGGUGAUCACCGGCAUGGGCCUGGCAGUCGCAGCUCUGUUAUUGUAUCACCGUUUUAUUGCAAACAAAUUUUGGUGGCUUAAGAACUAUGUACUGGUGAGUAGAGAACUAUGUACUGGUGAGUAGCGAACUAAUUAUUAUACUUGUGAGUUUAUUCGUCUGAAUUGUUGCUACUCGUAUUGCAUUAUCCGGAACAGGGGUUGGUCGGGUGAAGAAGAAGCUAGGAGUCAAACGUUGAUAGGUUUCAAGUCAGAGCUCUUUAACAAACAAUAAGUCCUAAGAUAUGGUCAAUUCUAGUGGAAACUUAUUAUAGGUAACGAAAUAAUUGAGUAGCUACAUUGGCUUGAGAUCCAGUUGCAUCCGUUUUCUUUUUAAACGAAAAAAAACAUGACUGAAAUUUUCAACUUCAUUGUACGCGCACUUUGUUCUACGAGGCAGGGGCGGCACCAAGUACCAGGCUAGGGAAAUAGGAAUCUUUCUCAAGUCUUAAAAAACAAUCAAUGCAUAUUUUUGAGAGGACUUAAGUAAGAAUCUCACAGCUAGAGACUUACUUUGUUACCCCGCAGUCUCUUUUAAUUGAAGAAAAAUUAAAGAAUAAAGGGGUCCGAUUAUUUCCACACUUUAGGAAAGCAAAGUUCAGAGCCCUUAUUUUUGGCCUUUACCUGAAUCCACCAGGUUGGUCGUGUUACAAAGAUCAAACACUACCCAGUGUCGUCCAUCAAAGGAUUGAACACCGACGCCAUCAACUGCACCACGAACGGUUUGAAGCUUUCCGGGAUUGUCAACAAAGAAUUUGUCAUGACUAAGGUCUCGGGAACUGGUAGGAGCUAAUGAAUUGAUAGACCAAAGUCUCGGGAACUGGUAGGAGCUAAUGAAUUGAUAGACCAAAGUCUAGGGAACUGGUAGGAGCUAAUGAAUUGAUAGACCAAGGUCUCGGGAACUGGUAGGAGCUAAUGAAUUGAUAGACCAAAGUCUCGGGAACUGGUAGGAGCUAAUGAAUUGAUAGACCAAAGUCUAGGGAACUGGUAGGAGCUAAUGAAUUGAUAGACCAAAGUCUAGGGAACUGGUAGGAGCUAAUGAAUUGAUAGACCAAAGUCUCGGGAACUGGUAGGAGCUAAUGAAUUGAUAGACCAAAGUCUCGGGAACUGGUAGGAGCUAAUGAAUUGAUAGACCAAAGUCUCGGGAACUGGUAGGAGCUAAUGAAUUGAUAGACCAAAGUCUAGGGAACUGGUAGGAGCUAAUGAAUUGAUAGACCAAAGUCUAGGGAACUGGUAGGAGCUAAUGAAUUGAUAGACCAAAGUCUCGGGAACUGGUAGGAGCUAAUGAAUUGAUAGACCAAAGUCUCGGGAACUGGUAGGAGCUAAUGAAUUGAUAGACCAAAGUCUCGGGAACUGGUAGGAGCUAAUGAAUUGAUAGACCAAAGUCUAGGGAACUGGUAGGAGCUAAUGAAUUGAUAGACCAAAGUCUAGGGAACUGGUAGGAGCUAAUGAAUUGAUAGACCAAAGUCUAGGGAACUGGUAGGAGCUAAUGAAUUGAUAGACCAAAGUCUAGGGAACUGGUAGGAGCUAAUGAAUUGAUAGACCAAAGUCUAGGGAACUGGUAGGAGCUAAUGAAUUGAUAGACCAAAGUCUAGGGAACUGGUAGGAGCUAAUGAAUUGAUAGACCAAAGUCUAGGGAACUGGUAGGAGCUAAUGAAUUGAUAGACCAAAGUCUAGGGAACUGGUAGGAGCUAAUGAAUUGAUAGACCAAAGUCUAGGGAACUGGUAGGAGCUAAUGAAUUAAUAGACCAAAGUCUAGGGAACUGGUAGGAGCUAAUGAAUUGAUAGACCAAAGUCUAGGGAACUGGUAGGAGCUAAUGAAUUGAUAGACCAAAGUCUUGGGAACUGGUAGGAGCUAAUGAAUUGGUAGCGAAAACAAUAUUAGUUUUGGGUUCAGAUGGCCUUAUAUCCUGUAGAUUUUUUUAGGCAAGGGUGGGGAGUGGGACUCACAGAGUCUAGAGAUAGUAACAAGUAUAAUGCGACAACUAAAUCGAAGGUAGUCUCUGGUCAGAAAUCAAUUCUAUAAUUUUAACCUUUGGUGCACGGUGUGAUAUCUUCAAUCUUUCAGCAAUGCUACUAGCUUAUUUAGCCGUAAUACAACAAUUAUAAUUAGACACAUGUUUAAGUUUUUUGUCAAUUUCGCGUUCAGAAAAUUCAUGAACGAUUUUCCGGUGACUUUUUUAAUCUGGACAACCAUCCUAUUGUCCACUGUAAUUUCCACUGAAUUUUCAUCUGCAAUGUCCCUUGUAAUGUCCACUGUCAACAGGAAUAGAAAAAGGUUCAGGGCUUCACGUUUUAAUUGGCCUCACACGUUUUUAAGGGGCCUCACACGUUUUUAAGGGGCCUCACACGUUUUAAGGGGCCUCACACGUUUUAAGGGGCCUCACACGUUUUUAGGGGGCCUCACACGUUUUUAGGGGGCUCCACCCUUUUUAAGGGGCCUCACACGUUUUUAAGGGGCCUCACACGUUUUAAGGGGCCUCACACGUUUUUAAGGGGCCUCGCACGUUUUAAGGGGCCUCACACGUUUUAAGGGGCCUCACACGUUUUAAGGGGCCUCACAUUUCUAGGGGCAUCAAGGCACCCUUUAGGAAAUUUAGUUAUCUUUAAAAGUGCAGUAGAGAGCAAGUUUUCUAAAAGUUUCGAUUUUCAAAUCAAAUCAAUUUUUUUCCUGUUUUAAUUUUAAAAAAUUCGUUCAUGAAAAAAAAAAACAACCAACUAGCCUUUUGGGGAAGUGGGUAAAAUGUGCUAAAGUAACUCAAAGACUUUUAUAAGAGGGGACGAGUUCAUUAAUUAGUAAUUUAUCUAAAGAGAGUUCUAGUCAGAGCAGUCACGUGACAUUUGGGGGCCCCUUGCCAAUUUGAGGUUUUGUACAUUCAAAGGUAAUAGUUUGUGUUCCACAUCACAACUUAGGGCAAAUAGAAUAUCCGUGGCCCCCUUCCAGCGACGCCUCUGGUUAUAUUAAUUGACAGCUCCAAAUAAACCUUUUAAUUUACUGAAUUUUCAUGACAUUUAUAAUUUAUUCUACUUCAACUUCCUUAAGAUAAAUCAUGUAUUUAUAAAUAUAUCAUAAUUAUUGUGAAUAUAUCAUAUCUUCUUCAUAAUUUGAGUCAUUUCUAUAUAAUUUAAAAGGAUGACUAGCUGAAAUAGGAAUAGCCUUAAAAUUUCAUAGAUCUUUUCUACAAAACAGUACUUGCUCUCUAUUUAGUAUCUGUAACACUUGGAAAUAUUUAAAUAAAUGCAAAAUGGUAGGUAUUAAAUGAAGGCCUUACAUAUAGUUGUGUUUCUCUUUCAUUCAACAUGUCAUAAUGAUGUUAUCUAACAUGUAGGCCUAUAUAAUGAUGUUAUCUAACAUGUAGGCCUAUAAUGAUGUUAUCUAACAUGUAGGCCUAUAAUUAUGUUAUGUAACAUGUAGGCCUAUCAUGAUGUUAUCUAACAUGUAGGCCUCUAAUGAUGUUAUCUAACAUGUAGGCCUAUAAUGAUGUUAAGUAACAUGUAGGCCUAUAAUGAUGUUAGCUAACAUGUAGGCCUAUAAUGAUAUUAUCUAACAUGUAGGCCUAUAAUGAUGUUAUCUAACAUGUAGGCCUCUAAUGAUGUUAUCUAACAUUUAGGCCUAUCAUGAUGUUAUCUAACAUGUAGGACUAUAAUGAUGUUAUCUAACAUUUAGACCUAAAAUGAUUUUAUCUAACAAGUAGGCCUAUCAUGAUGUUAGCUAACAUUUAGGCCUAUAAUGAUGUUAUCUAACAUGUAGGCCUACAAUGAUGUUAUCUAGCAUAUAGGCUUAUAAAGAUGUCAGCUAACACGAUGGCUUAUCAUGAUGUUAUCUAACAUGUAGUCCAACUAUUUGGUCAGAAAAACCUUUUUUAUAAUCAUUUAUGGACGAAUGAAUGCAAAAGAAGAAAGAAAAAAAAAGUAACUUUACUAUUUAGAAGAAAAUUUUUAAAUGCAAAAUGUUUUUGCAGAGCUAGUUUAACUCCCUCCCUAAAAGCAUAUCAUUUCUGCCCCCUCCCCGAGUGGCGUACUAAGGAGGCUCGGAGGGGCGGUCGCCUGGGGUGGUAUUUUUUUUCUUACAUUGGGGAGCGACAUUUUCGGCUAAGUGUAGUUGUGGGUUUUUUUUCGAGGACGGGGGUCUGUAAAACGUUUGGCCCUUUCCGAGUUACACUAAUCCUUGCUGUGCCACUGGAUACCCCCCUUCCUCAUUGAAAUUUAGAGAAACUGUUGUAAUAGUGUGGACCAAUCAGGCUCCCAAAUGCUUUUCCUAACAUUAUUUGAAUAUGUAACAGAGGUAUAGGGGAUCUCAGUGCACAAUUUUACCCUGUUCCUAUCAUGUUAUUUUAAAGAUAUUUCUUGAAUUAACGAUUGCAGACUUUGCGACGUCCACCGUCACGCCCACCAUCAAGGAAUACUUCUGCGACGAAAUGCGAUGUCUGGCCGCAACAUCAGACGGUCGGACCCUCUACCUCACCGGACCGGACAACAAGAAGUUUGAGUGCGUUCAAUUAGUUCUGUGUCAGUUUUAUAUAAUGGUGAUCUAGAUUUCUUAAAGCUGCUUUCAUGAUACACCCUGUGAUUACCACUGUUAUAAGCCCUGCGAUUACCACUGUUAUAAGCCCUGCGAUUACCACUGUUAUAAAUCCCGUGAUUAACACUGUUAUAAAUCCUGUGAUUGCCAAUUUUUGAAUGGUUCAUGAUUGACAGGUAUGAAUGGGCAGUCUUGACCCAAACACAACAGUAUCUUCUCAUCAGCGGGUACACUCUAUAAACACUUAGCUGCUUUAGAAUACAAAUAUUGUAUACUUAAAAAAACGUUCUCCCCUCACAAGGCAAAUUUAAGGGUAUUGACGGCUUACAGCUGGUCUAUUAAUAUUUAUUUUUUGAGGUAAGCGUUGUGCAAGGGUGUACCUUGGGAAGGGAAAUUUUGGGUACUUCCCCCAGGUAUAAAAUUAAUGAGAUGUAAAAUUGGCACGUCUUCAUACUUUUAUAAUUCAAUUAAUAACGAAAAUAUUUGUUUUUACAUAAGAAAGUAUUAUAAAAAGUGAAAAAUGUGACUUACAGAUUUGCGGAAUUGAUCUCUUAUAACAUAAUUAUUACAUCUUGGCAGACUUGACUUUCUCGCACCACCCCCAGCGAAAAUGUACC